AUGGAACCAGUCACUAAACCAAUAAAAUUCACCACACAUAAGUCUCUCGCCAAUCGUCUCAUUCUUGCGACCCUGCACGGUCGACCUAUACACGUUUCACAAAUCCGUGCUUCGAACCCUACGAAUCCUGGCCUUGCGCCUUCCGAGAUAUCCUUACUGCGCCUCCUCGAAUCGUUAACGAAUGGAUCACAUAUCGAGAUCAGCUAUACAGGUACAACAUUACUCUACAAGCCAGGAUUGAUCACUGGUAGUGUACCUGGACGGGGCGCUGACGCACAUGGAAUUCUAAGACAUGAAGUCGACGGACGCGUAACGAGAGGAAUAUCAUAUCUGGUGCUAGCAGUGUGCUUGCUGGCGCCGUUCAGCAAAGGCAAAGUCAAUGUUCUCUUCACAGGGCCGGGCGUGAUCACGAGCGCAGCUGAGAGGUGGGGAGAUGUACGGCUACCGAAGACAGUCCAUAUGCUCAGAUCCGGAAGAGUGAAGAGGAUACGAGGCGUCGCGUAUGCGACAGGUGUAAGUGGUGGGAACAACGCACGAAUGAUUGAAGUUGCCCGAGGAGUUUUGAACCGACUUGUGGGCGACAUCUACAUCUUCAGUGACGUGGGUAAUGCUCAACUCAUUGACUCCGGAAAAGAGCCUGGCGAAAAGAAGAAGGUCGGCCUCGGCUUUGGCUUGAGUCUCGUUGCAGAAAGUACUGCACCGGGUGUGAUAUACAGUGCAGAUGCAGCAUCUGGUGCCGAAGGUGGUGAGACACCUGAGGAAGUAGGACGAAGAGCCGCAUAUGCUUUGCUUGAGAGCAUAUCACGAGGUGGCUGUAUAUCCUCCGAAGCAGCAUCUACUGUGUUGAUGUUGAUGAGCAUGGGCAGUGAGGACGUUGGUCGUGUACAAUUGGGCCGAGACGUUCUAGCAAGCGAAGAGAUCAUACAGCUCGCCAGAGACAUGGGUGCUUUCGGUACUGCUGGUUGGGGUAUCAGAGAUGCCACUGAAGAUGGUGUGAAGAGUGAGGGACAACUUAUCGUCAGUGUUGUUGGUAGUGGUAUCGGUAACGUCGGCAGGAAGAUUGGAUAA